AUGGUUGUCAAAGAAUAUGUGACCUAUAACCAGGUCCACAAACUCUGUCAAGAAGCCGCACCACGUAUUCUCGAAGACUUCCAACCUCAGCUUAUGAUCGCUAUUGGUGGUGGUGGAUAUGUCCCCGCGCGUAUUCUGCGAUCGUUUUUGAAACAACCUGGAAGUCCUAAUAUUCCAAUUCAAGCUAUUGGUCUUUCGCUAUACGAACAGCUUCCUCCUACACACCCCUCGGCUUCAAAUACUCCAGGAGAGGUUGAGCAAGUGGGCACAAAGGUUACCAGAACUCAAUGGUUAGAUUUGAACAGCUUGGGUAACAUGGAGAACUUGGUCGGAAAGAGAAUUUUGAUCGUCGAUGAAGUUGAUGAUACACGAACCACUUUGGAGUAUGCUGUUAAGGAGUUGGAGAAGGAUGUCGAGCUUGCUAGACAAAAGCUGGGUGGUCAAGGUGAAAAGACUGUCUUCUCUAUCUUUGUUUUACAUAACAAGAACAAGGAAAAGAAGGGUACGCUCCCUGAGGAUAUGUUGAAGGAUGAUAGAUAUCUCGCCGCAAGAACCGUUGAGGAUGUAUGGAUUUGUUAUCCAUGGGAGGCCCAGGAUAUUGAAGAGCAUGAUGAAAUGGCUCGCAAACAACCUUCGCAAUAG